GGCCAGCGUCACAGGAAGUGGGGGCCCCACCCUCCAACGUCAGGGGCCGGAAACGAGCGUUGCUGGGGCGCGGAGGUGGGGAGAAAGCCACUGUGGGGAGAGCGUGUCUCCACCAGCACUUGGAUUCAGCUCCUUCAUUUCCAACAUGGAAGAAACUUACAUCGAUUCCCUGGACCCUGAAAAGCUAUUACAAUGCCCCUAUGAUAAAAACCACCAGAUCAGGGCCUGCAGGUUUCCUUAUCAUCUUAUCAAGUGCAGAAAGAAUCAUCCUGAUGUCGCAAACAAAUUGGCUACUUGUCCCUUCAAUGCUCGCCACCAGGUUCCUCGGGCCGAAAUCAGCCACCAUAUCUCAAGCUGUGACGAUAAAAGUUGUAUUGAGCAGGAUGUUGUCAACCAAACCAGGAACCUUGGACAAGAGACUCUGGCCGAGAGCACCUGGCAGUGCCCUCCUUGUGAUGAAGACUGGGAUAAAGAUCUGUGGGAACAGACCAGCACCCCAUUUGUCUGGGGCACAGCCAACUACUGUGGCAACAACAGCCCUGCAAGCAACAUAGUUAUGGAACAUAAGAGUAACCUGGCUUCAGGCAUGCGUGUUCCCAAGUCUCUGCCGUAUGUUCUGCCGUGGAAAAACAAUGGAAAUGCACAGUAACUGAAUAUCUAUCUCAUCAAAUGCCAGACCCUAGAAGACUCUUGCUUCUUCCUGCUACCAAUGGGUUCUUCAUUUUUUUUUUCUCCUAAUCUAAUUAUAGAAAGAUAAACUGUGACUUUCAAACUGACAA